CUCGCAGAUUCGAAUUGAAGCUCCGAAGUAAAAAAUCGCUAUGGCUGGGAUAACCAGCACCGUUGGAUUCAACGCCGUUUUCCCCGGAAUCACCAAAAACUCGUCGCAUUCAUCCUUCUCCGUUUCAUCUCUCGAUUCCAAACUCUACGGUCUUCGUCUCACCACCGCCGAGCUGCCAUUUCCCAAUUCUCCUCGCCGUGGGCUCGCCGUCACUUGCCGUUACGGAGGUGGAGGAGGAGGAGGAGGUUAUCGUUUCUCGGGAGACUCUAGGAGAGGUAGACCGAAAGAGGCAGAAGUGGAUGAAGCGUUAGAUAUCUCCUCGAUUAGGUCGGCUACUGUGAGGCUUAUCGAUGAGCAACAGAACAUGCUUGGUUUAGUGUCUAAAGAUGAAGCUGUUCGAAGAGCGGAAGAUGCUGAGCUUGAUUUGGUGAUUUUAUCGCCUGAUGCUGAUCCUCCCGUUGUUAAAAUGAUGGACUAUAGUAAAUAUAGAUAUGAGCAGCAAAAGAAGAAGAAGGAUCAACAAAAGAAAACUACUCGCAUGGACUUAAAGGAGCUUAAAAUGGGUUAUAACAUUGAUCAGCAUGAUUAUUCUGUACGUAUGAAAGCUGCCCAAAAGUUCUUGCAAGAUGGUGACAAGGUUAAGGUGAUUGUGAGCAUGAAAGGAAGAGAGAACGAGUUCAGAAAUAUUGCUAUUGAACUCCUCAGACGUUUUCAGACAGAAGUAGGGGAGCUUGCGACUGAAGAGAGUAAAAACUUUAGGGACAGAAACUUGUUCAUCAUCUUGGUGCCAAACAAAGAAAUGAUCCGGAAACCACAAGAACCAUCCUCCAGAAAGAAGAAGAAAAUAGCUGCAGAAAACGAAGUUUUACCUGCGGAAAACCAAGUUUUGGCUGGAGAAAGUGAAGUUUCAGCUGCAGAAAUAACGACGACUCCAUAA